AUCCCCUGGCUGCGCGGGGCUCGGCGCCGGGGCCAUGGGGCCGAUGGCGGCGCUGGGGCUGCUGGUGUGCGCGCAGCUGUGUGCGGGCUCCGGGGAGCUGCGUCUGGUGGGCGGCGGCGGGCGCUGUGCCGGGCGCGUGGAGGUGAAGCACGGCGGGGAGUGGGGCUCCGUCUGCGUCUUCGACUUCCACAGGGAAGCCCGUUGGGCCAUCGUGGUGUGCCGGCAGCUGGGCUGUGGCCAGGUGGCCAAGGCGUCCCCGUACGCCCCGUUCGGGCAGGGCACCGGGCGCAUCUGGCUCCAGCCCUUCUGCCGCGGCACCGAGGAGGCGCUGGAGGAGUGUCCGCACUUCGGAUGGGGCCAGCACUUCUGCGGCCACGAGUCGGAUGCGGGGGUGACCUGCAGAGAUGCCGUGGAGCUGAGGCUGGCGGGCGGCGGCAGUCCCUGCGCCGGGAGGGUGGAAGUGAAGCUGCGGGGACGCUGGGGCUCGGUGGGAGAUGACUUCUGGGACAUGGAGGACGCCGAGGUUGUGUGCCAGCAUCUGGGCUGUGGCUCGGCUGCCGGUGCCUACUUUGCCCGCGAGAUCUUUGGUGCAGGGGAUGGGCCCGUCAGUCUGGCCAAUGUGGACUGCAAAGGAAAUGAGUCCACUCUCUGGGACUGCGAGAUCCGUGGCUGGGGGCCCUAUGGCAGCCUCCAUAACUUCGACACUGCUGUUACUUGCCAAGGAUUUUCCCGGCUGGUCGGAGGUGAUGGAGCGUGUGCCGGGCGGCUGGAGGUACGGCAGGGCCGGGCCUGGGUGGGUGUCUGCGAGGAUCAGGUGGACAUGAAGGUGGCGCAGGUGGUUUGCCGGGAGCUGGGCUGUGGAGCGGCGCUCUCCAUCCCCGGCAGCGAGCGAUUUGGGGCAGGAUCGGGGCCGCUCUGGGACGGGGGCUUGCAGUGCAAUGGCACCGAGCCUGUCCUCAGCGCCUGUGCCCGGCAUCGGCCCCACAGCCAGGGCUGCAGCACCGGCCCUGCCAGCGUCAUCUGCUCCCGUAAGUGCCGGGGACACCGGGGGCUGUUGGGCUCCCUGCGCCAUCGCCCCCCUCAACGCCCUUUCUGCCACAGCCUACACGGGCUUCCGGCUGGGCAACAGCAGCUCGGGAUGCACCGGGCGGGUGGAGGUGGCAGUGAGGGGGACGUGGGGCUCCGUGUGCGCCAGCGAGUGGGAGCUGGCCGAUGCGCACGUCCUGUGCCGCCACCUGGGCUGCGGCCGCGCCUUCACCGUGCCCCCGGGAGGCUCCUUUGGCAGCGGGGACGGGCCACUGCGGCCGGACGCCUUCGGCUGCAGCGGGAGCGAGCGGCACCCGGGCGAGUGCCCCGUGGCCGUGCUGGGGAAGCCCCCCUGUGCCCCCGGAAACGCCGCUGCCGUCAACUGCUCAGGUGUGUACGGCACCUGCGGGAGGUGCAUGAAGGGCUUUUGGGACCCCCAAGAAUUGGGAGCAGAGGAUGCAGGGAUGUUUUGGACAGCCCCAGCGAGAUGGACAUCAUGACUGAAGAGAUGGACAUUUUGGAUGUGGGUUCUGCACUGACCAGCAGCCGCCAUGAGAAGAUGGAUGAUGUAGUGGAGAACAUGGACGAUGUCUCAGGGAUGGGCCCUGCACCAACCAGCAGCCCUGAGGGGAUGGUCAUCGUCUGCUCAGGCAGCCGGCGGGUGAGGCUGGUGGGGAGCUCUGGGCGCUGCGCCGGGCGUGUGGAGGUCUAUUCCGGUGGCACGUGGAGCGCCGUCUGCCAGGAAGGCUGGGAGCUGCGGGACGCCGCCGUUGUCUGCCGGGAGCUGGGCUGUGGCACGGCGCUGGAGGCACCGAGGUCGGCGCGCUUCGGUGCCGGCCCGGGGCCGCUGUGGCCGUACAUCCCUGCCUGCUCCGGGAGCGAGGAGUCUCUCUGGGAAUGCGGGCGUUCGGAAGGGCGCGAGUGCGGGCGUGGCGGCGGGGCAGGGGCCGUCUGCUCAGAGCAGCUCUCCGUGCGGCUGGCGGGCGGCCGCGGGCGCUGCCGCGGGUUCCUGGAGGUGUCCCACAACGGCACCUGGGGCCGCGUGUGCGCCAACGGCACCAGCCCCGGCACCGCCAACACCGUCUGCCAACAGCUGGGCUGUGGGCCCCGGGGCUGGCUGUCGGCCGUCCCCGCCCAGCAGCCGGCCCCCGCCUGGCUGGCCUGGGUGGGCUGUGAGGACGGGGCCCGCUCGCUCUGGGGGUGCCCCUCGGCACCCUGGAAUCUGCAGAGCUGCGGCCCAGGCGGGGACGCCCACGUGGCUUGUGAUGGGGACAGUGAUGGCAUCGCUGAGACGGACACUACCCCGCAUCCCGACGGUGCCACGAGCACAGGUGUCCGUGGCAGCACAGCCGCAGCGGUGACCGCGGGGACUGUGCCUGUGCCAACUGUCCUGUGCGUGGUGCUGGGGACGCUGCUGUGCGUGGCCCUGGGCGCCCUGGCCGUGCUGCUGUGCCGUGCCCGCGCCUGGCGCCGAGGCCCUGGCAGAGCUGCAGAUGCCGUCUCCAACGCUGUCUACGAGGAGCUGGACUACACCGCGAUGCCGGAGUACCAGGAGGUGCCCAGUCGCCCGGGUUCCCUGUCAGAGGGGUCGGUGAAGAAGCUGCCCUAUUACACCGGCGACAGCGUGGAGGGGAGUGACACCGAGGCAAGCCCAGAGCCCCCUGCCCGGCCCGAGCACGGAACCCCGGAUGGCUACGACGAUGCCCUGGGUGUGCCACAGGAGCCCCCUGCUCCCAGCACUGGGGACAUGUCCGAGGGCGUGGCACAGAGGAGGUGGAUCUGUGUCCUCCCCACAGGUGGGAUCUACUCCCCUCCGAGUGCCCCAGGAGCCACCAGGACCCCCUCGGAACAGCCGCCGGUGCACACAGACUAUGAUGAUGUCGGCAGCAGCGCCCUGGGGCCCCACCCAGCCGCACACCGCCCUCCGCUUCGGGUGCCCGCACCCACCGGCCCCGCUUUGGGCUCCGUGCCGUGCGUGCGUCUCUCAGCGGAGCAGGUCCGGGCCACUGCCCGGUGCCGCAGUGCCCGGCAGCGCGGAGGGACGGGGCAGGGCAGCUCCUCCGUGCCGCCGCCGCGCAGCGAGGGACCGCGGGACGUUCUGCUGAGGAAGGGCCCCCGCAGGCCAGGUGCUGUGGGGGGGCUGUCUCCCCCCGGGGACAUCCGGGUGGCAGCCCACUGUGGCGGGCUGUGUGACGCCAGAAGCGGAGGCGAGCCUCAUAUUUGGGCACGGAGCAGGUUAUUGGAGGCCGCGGCCCCGCAGCCGGGAGAUGAGGCCCUGAUAAAGGGUGCCCUGGUGCUGCUGCUGCCUCCGUUGGCUCGGGCGCUGCCGAGACAUCCCCUGGCUGCGCGGGGCUCGGCGCCGGGGCCAUGGGGCCGAUGGCGGCGCUGGGGCUGCUGGUGUGCGCGCAGCUGUGUGCGGGUGAGCGCCGGGCGGCGGGAGCGGGGCCCGCGGCGGUGGCGGGCCCGGCUCAGCAGCCUCCGUGCCGCAGGCUCCGGGGAGCUGCGUCUGGUGGGCGGCGGCGGGCGCUGUGCCGGGCGCGUGGAGGUGAAGCACGGCGGGGAGUGGGGCUCCGUCUGCGUCUUCGACUUCGACUGGGAAGCCCGUUGGGCCAUCGUGGUGUGCCGGCAGCUGGGCUGUGGCCGGGUGGCCAAGGCGUCCACGUACGCCCCGUUCGGGCAGGGCACCGGGCGCAUCUGGCUCCAGCCCUUCUUCUGCCGCGGCACCGAGGAGGCGCUGGAGAAGUGUCCGCACUUCGGGUGGGGACAGCACUUCUGCGGCCACGAGUCGGAUGUGGGGGUGACCUGCAGAGAUGCCGUGGAGCUGAGGCUGGCGGGCGGCGGCAGUCCCUGCGCCGGGAGGGUGGAAGUGAAGCUGCGGGGACGCUGGGGCUCGGUGGGAGAUGACUUCUGGGACAUGGAGGACGCCGAGGUUGUGUGCCAGCAUCUGGGCUGUGGCUCGGCUGCCGGUGCCUACUCUGCCCUGGAGCGCUUUGGUGCAGGGGAUGGGCCCGUCAGUCUGGCCAAUGUGAACUGCAAAGGAAAUGAGUCCACUCUCUGGGACUGCGAGAUCCGUGGCUGGGGGCCCUAUGGCAGCCUCCAUAACUUCGACACUGCUGUUACUUGCCAAGGUAGGAACCGGACUGGGGAGGAUGUGGCACUUCAUGCACAUCCCCGAACACUGAUCCUGCACUGCUCGCGCAGGAUUUUCCCGGCUGAGGGCCGGGCCUGGGUGGGUGUCUGCGAGGAUCAGGUGGACAUGAAGGUGGCGCAGGUGGUUUGCCGGGAGCUGGGCUGUGGAGCGGCGCUCUCCAUCCCCGGCAGCGAGCGAUUUGGGGCAGGAUCGGGGCCGCUCUGGGACGGGGGCUUGCAGUGCAAUGGCACCGAGCCCCUCCUCAGCGCCUGUGCCCGGCAUCGGCCCCACAGCCAGGGCUGCAGCACCGGCCCUGCCAGCGUCAUCUGCUCCCGUAAGUGCCGGGGACACCGGGGGCUGUUGGGCUCCCUGCGCCAUCGCCCCCCUCAACGCCCUUUCUGCCACAGCCUACACGGGCUUCCGGCUGGGCAACAGCAGCUCGGGAUGCACCGGGCGGGUGGAGGUGGCAGUGAGGGGGACGUGGGGCUCCGUGUGCGCCAGCGAGUGGGAGCUGGCCGAUGCGCACGUCCUGUGCCGCCACCUGGGCUGCGGCCGCGCCUUCACCGUGCCCCCGGGAGGCUCCUUUGGCAGCGGGGACGGGCCACUGCGGCCGGACGCCUUCGGCUGCAGCGGGAGCGAGCGGCACCCGGGCGAGUGCCCCGUGGCCGUGCUGGGGAAGCCCCCCUGUGCCCCCGGAAACGCCGCUGCCGUCAACUGCUCAGGUGUGUACGGCACCUGCGGGAGGUGCAUGAAGGGCUUUUUGGCCCCCCCAAGAAUUGGGAGCAGAGGAUGCAGGGAUGUUUUGGAGUGAAGCAUGGUCUGAGCCAGGUGCCACAGCCCCAUGCUUCUGCUGGUGAUUUUGCAGGUGUUGGUGGCUUCGUCGAGUCCCUGCGGCUGGUGGAGGGUCAGAGCUUGUGCGAUGGGCGGCUGGAGGAGACCAUAACCAGCCCGGCAUGGCGCCGUGUGCCUGUGGAGCAGUGGAAGUCAUGGGAUGUCCACAUGGUUUGCGCAGUGCUGGGCUGUGGCGUUCCCAUGGACGUUAACACCUCCUUGGGUACGGCCACUGUCGUGAGCAGCAGCCCCAGCGAGAUGGACAUCAUGACUGAAGAGAUGGACAUUUUGGACGUGGGUUCUGCACUGACCAGCAGCCGCCAUGAGAAGAUGGAUGAUGUAGUGGAGAACAUGGACGAUGUCUCAGGGAUGGGCCCUGCACCAACCAGCAGCCCUGAGGGGAUGGUCAUCGUCUGCUCAGGCAGCCGGCGGGUGAGGCUGGUGGGGAGCUCUGGGCGCUGCGCCGGGCGUGUGGAGGUCUAUUCCGGUGGCACGUGGAGCGCCGUCUGCCAGGAAGGCUGGGAGCUGCGGGACGCCGCCGUUGUCUGCCGGGAGCUGGGCUGUGGCACGGCGCUGGAGGCACCGAGCUCGGCGCGCUUCGGUGCCGGCCCGGGGCCGCUGUGGCCGUACAUCCCUGCCUGCUCCGGGAGCGAGGAGUCUCUCUGGGAAUGCGGGCGUUCGGAAGGGCGCGAGUGCGGGCGUGGCGGCGGGGCAGGGGCCGUCUGCUCAGAGCAGCUCUCCGUGCGGCUGGCGGGCGGCCGCGGGCGCUGCCGCGGGUUCCUGGAGGUGUCCCACAACGGCACCUGGGGCCGCGUGUGCGCCAACGGCACCAGCCCCGGCACCGCCAACACCGUCUGCCAACAGCUGGGCUGUGGGCCCCGGGGCUGGCUGUCGGCCGUCCCCGCCCAGCAGCCGGCCCCCGCCUGGCUGGCCUGGGUGGGCUGUGAGGACGGGGCCCGCUCGCUCUGGGGGUGCCCCUCGGCACCCUGGAAUCUGCAGAGCUGCGGCCCAGGCGGGGACGCCCACGUGGCUUGUGAUGGGGACAGUGAUGGCAUCGCUGAGACGGACACAACCCCCCAUCCCGACGGUGCCACGAGCACAGGUGUCCGUGGCAGCAGAGCCGCAGCGGUGACCGCGGGGACUGUGCCUGUGCCAACUGUCCUGUGCGUGGUGCUGGGGACGCUGCUGUGCGUGGCCCUGGGCGCCCUGGCCGUGCUGCUGUGCCGUGCCCGCGCCUGGCGCCGAGGCCCUGGCAGAGCUGCAGAUGCCGUCUCCAACGCUGUCUACGAGGAGCUGGACUACACCGCGAUGCCGGAGUACCAGGAGGUGCCCAGUCGCCCGGGUUCCCUGUCAGAGGGGUCGGUGAAGAAGCUGCCCUAUUACACCGGCGACAGCGUGGAGGGGAGUGACACCGAGGCAAGCCCAGAGCCCCCUGCCCGGCCCGAGCACGGAACCCCGGAUGGCUACGACGAUGCCCUGGGUGUGCCACAGGAGCCCCCUGCUCCCAGCACUGGGGACAUGUCCGAGGGCGUGGCACAGAGGAGGUGGAUCUGUGUCCUCCCCACAGGUGGGAUCUACUCCCCUCCGAGUGCCCCAGGAGCCACCAGGACCCCCUCGGAACAGCCGCCGGUGCACACAGACUAUGAUGAUGUCGGCAGCAGCGCCCUGGGGCCGUCGCCAUGAGGAUGCUGCAGCCCUGG